AUGGAGAGUGAGUUCAGCUUUAGGCUCUGUACCUCGAAGGAGAGUCAAGGAGAUGAGUUCAGCUUUAGACUCUGUACCUCGAAGGCCAAGGCUAGUAUCCAGGAUUUUUAUGUGUGGCAGUGGGAGAAUGAGCACGGGAAGUGGAACCCAUACCCGGCAGACACCAGUCUCUUGUUGGAGCAGGCACAGCGAGAUGGCACCGACGAAACGGUCGACAUCGAGGCAAUGCAUCGCUCUUACAGCAUCGACCUGAAGACCAUGGAACAAAUCAACACUACGACAAAUGUUGCUCGCAAAGUGGCCAGGGAGAAAGCAGAUUCCAUUGCCCCAGAGAAUGAUGUAGAUGAAGUAGAUGCUGUUGAUGACGCUGAUGAGGAUGAAGAGAUGCCGUCAGUGUCCAGUGCAGGAGAUGCCCCUGCUGCCAAGUCCACAGGAAAAUCAGCUGCCAAGUCCACAGGAAAAUCAGCUGCCAAGAGUGGGGGCAAGGCAAGUAAAAGCGGGCGUGGCAAGUCGGGGAGAGUGAAGGAGGAGGAAGAUGGAGAGGAAGAGCCUAAAAAAUCCACAGUGAGGACAGUGGUUGUGAAGGGGAAAGCUCCCGUCGACCCAGAAUGCAGCCUGGUAAAUAAAACGCACGUCUAUUUUGAUGCAAAGGAUGUCUGGGACUGCAUGCUUAACCAGACUAAUGUGGGUAACAACAACAACAAGUACUACCUGAUCCAGAUUCUGGAGGACGACGGCAAGAAGGCCUUCCAUGUGUGGCAGCGUUGGGGGCGCGUUGGCUACAAGGGUCAGAACAACCUUGUCCCCUGUGGAGGCGAUCUCGACAAGGCCAAGAACAUCUUCUGUAAGAAAUUUACAGACAAGACCAAAAAUGAUUGGGCAUCACGUGACAGUUUUGUAAAGAUGGCUGGCAAGUAUGACAUGCUGACCAUGGACUACUCAAGUGGUAACGGAAAGGCAGCGGAGGACACAGUGGAUGCACCUGGCAUUAAGAAGGAAGACAGUGUGAAAGUGCCAGACUCCACCCUCGACACCAAGCUGCAGGAUCUGGUCAACCUGAUCUGUGACAUCAAGUCCAUGGAGGAUGCCGUCGUUGAGAUGAAGUACGAUGCCAAGAAGGCUCCUUUAGGCAAACUGACGGAGAACCAGAUCAAGUUUGGUUAUGCAGCCUUGAAAGUCAUUGAAGAGUUGAUCAACAAGGGCGACACGAGCCGGAAGUUGACAGAUGCGUGUAACGACUUCUACACUCGCAUUCCUCACAACUUUGGGAUGAAGACACCGCCAAUCAUCAGGACCAAGCAGGAAGUGAAGGACAAGAUUCUGCUGUUGGAGGCCCUGAGUGAUAUAGAGAUCGCAAUCAAGAUGUUGAAGCAAGGCGACAUGUCGGAGAAUCCCGUGGACAGACACUACCAUUCACUCAAAUGUGGCCUUGACCCACUGAGCAAGGGUCAUGCAGAUUUCAAGCUGCUGAAUGAGUACCUCCAGACCACCCACGCCUCCACACACAACAUGUACAAGAUGGAGCUACUCGACGUCUUCGCCUGCCAGAAGGAAGGAGAGGCUGCUAAAUUCGUGGACCAUGGAAACAGAAUGCUGUUGUGGCAUGGAUCGCGGUUGACCAACUGGGUCGGUAUUCUAAGCCAGGGUCUACGCAUCGCUCCACCCGAGGCUCCCGUCACAGGAUACAUGUUUGGCAAGGGUGUGUAUUUUGCUGAUAUGUCCAGCAAGAGCGCAAACUACUGCUUCACGUCAAGAGCAAAAAAUAUUGGGCUGCUUUUGUUGUGUGAGGUAUCCCUGGGCUCGGUGAACGAACUCCUUGCUGCCGACUACAACGCCGCCAAGUUACCACCAGGGACACACAGUGUGAAGGGAGCAGGAAAGAUAGCGCCGAACCCCAAGAGUAGUAAAACAAUGUCAUGUGGUACAACUGUUCCUAUUGGAAAGGGUACUGACACAGGGACCACGAAUCCUCAUGGCUACACACUCAACUACAACGAGUUUAUCGUUUACGACACGGCACAAAUCAAGAUGAGGUACCUCCUCAAGGUCAAGUUCAACUAUAAGUGAUUGAAACAUCAUGGUAUUACAAUAAACAAUGUCCCAACUUUCAGGAUGGGGCCCAGCUUCACAAAGCUGCCUUAGCAUAACGACUGUCACAACUUAACAUUCAUUUACCCAUCACAAAUUCUCCAUCAAAGAUGUUUUUACGACAGUCAUUGCAUCAGUUUGUGGCAUGGAGGGUUGACAGCGCUGUAGGCAGUUUGACUUACAUCAUACUGCAUGACAUUUUGUCAUGUUAUCUUGGUUUUGCAAUUUUUAUGAAACAUGCUGUUUUUUUUGUAUUAAUGGUAUUAACAUGCAGUUUUAGACAAAUACAACCAGUAUGUUGGAAGGAUAUUGUUACGAAUUUCACUGUUGCUGAUCAUUGACAACAUGAGUUUACUUCUUAAGCCAGAUAUUUCUUGUUAAGUAGAGGCGGUGGGAUAGCCUAGUGGUUGAAGCGUUCGCUCAUCAUGCCAAAGGUCUGGGUUUGAUUCCCUUCAUGGGUACAGUGUGCAAAGCCUAUUUCUGGUGUUCAUGAAUUUACUCCAAUAUAGGUUACAGUGCCAUUAAACCAGACUCGCUCACUUCUUGUUAAGUGUGGAUACCAUAUUGGUGGUUUUCCACCAAAAGUGGGUUCUUGUCUCAGACAAUGGCCUGAUCUGGUCUCAACUAUUAAUUUUGUGGUUCCAGUUAAAGGUGUUUCAGAUCAUGUGACUUUCAGUGGCAAUAUUUUUCAUGAAUAUUGCAGCUGGAAUCUCUUUCUGCCAAUUCAACAAACACAUGGUCUGAGUUGUUUCUGGUUUUCAGUAGAGCUGCACCAAAACCGUUUGGCAUCUUCCUGCAAAUAUAUUCAUAAAUCACCAAAGCCAAUAUGUGUUGAAUCUCUUGAACUGAAGAAAUGUGAAAUACAUAUGAAUAAAACAAAAUAUUAGUAAACUCGCAUGGAUUUCAGUCGUUACAUUCUUCAUGAAGUGGUAGGAAGUUAUGAACAGACUGACUGACUGACUGAGUUUGGUUUUACGCCGCUUUUAGCAAUAUUCCAGCAACAUCACGGUGGGGGAAACCAGAAAUGGGGUUCACACAUUGUGCCAAUGUGGGAGUUAUGAACAGAAGGAACCUGUCUUGGAAUUCAGUCAAUACAUAGUUUAUGUAGGGGGUGGAAGUGAGCCUCGUAGUUCCCACAGAGAAAUGAUCUGAUUUUGUAGUAGGGAUGAGACUCCGUGCAUAUCUUUCAAUGGUUCACAUGCACAAAACAGUCACAGCUCUACAACUAUUGUAGGUCCAUGUUACACAAUGGUAUUACAAUGUCUCGGAUAAGAUCGAUUUGUGCAUGUGGACCCAGAACCCAGAACCUCUGAGCCUUGUAGAGGUGCAUUCAGGAUUUUCAAAAAUGGAGUCAUGUACCAAAGUCACAAGGUGAACAGAAACAAGUGGACACGUAAGGUGUUUGAACAAAUCCACCGACCGACCCUGAUCACGGAUUCCCUGGAUACAACAAAUGUUGAGUGCAUCAUCUCCAAAGACUACCAAUGGAAAACUGUGUGGAAGAUACAGUCAUUAUCUGCAGCUGGGGGCGGUGGGGUAGCCUAGUAGUUAAAAGGGUUCGCUCAUCACGCAGAAGACCCGGGUUCCCCUGCCGCGAUUUUGCUGGAAUAUUGCUAAAAGCUACGUAAAACUAAACCCACAUACUCACUAAAGCUUGACACCAAUGUGGUCUAGUGUAAUAUAUGAACAGCCUAUCAAUAUCACAUGCACUUCACGGGUGACAACUCAUCCAUCCCAUCGCCAUAGAUAUAGAAUAUUGCCGAGAGCGGCGUUAAACACAAAAUUCCUCCAUCCCAUGCUGAGGAGUGUGGGUAAACUUUGGCUCCCAGCUACUAUAUAUAGUAAGUCCAAACUCAGAUGGUCCAACUUGAUAGCAUAUCCUUGUACCCAAAGGGCGUGUUUCAAUGCUCCCAUAUCAGUCACUGCAUUGUCGGGUCUGGAACCAAUAACACCAAACCACUGUCAUGUAGGUGUAAUACUGCCUAGUGUACAUGUAUUUGUUACUCAUCUGGUUGUGAGACUGACCUUUUGUGCAUGACAUUCAUUAUUGUCAUCAAGAUCCUGUUCUUGUUAUUCUAUGUUCGUGUGUAUUUAAUGUAGUGCUUUUUACAUGACUUUAUGUCAGAAAUAAAUUACACUUCCUGUC